CUCCUGACCUCAAGCGUUCCUCCCGCCUCGGCCUCCCAGAGUGCUAGGGUUACAGGCAUGAGCCUCUGCGCCCAGCCUCAACAAUGACUUAUUAAGCACCUACAAGAUGGCAGGCACUGUUCUGGAAGGUGGGAAUAUAGCGGUGAAUGUGAACAAAACUCCCCUGCCUUUAUGGAUGUUAUAUUUAUAAUGGGAAAGACAAUAAUCAGAUAUUUAAGUUAAAAUGUAUAAAACAUGUAGAAUAUAGGUAGUAAGUGCCGUAGAGAAGAAAAAGGAAGGGGGACAGGAAUCGUGUAUGGAGGUUGCAAUUUUAAAUAAGUUGGUUGAGAAAGGCUUUAUUGAGAAGGUGACAUCGGAGCAGAGACCUAGUGGAGGGAAGAAGUGAGCUGAGUGGCUGACUGUGGGGAUAGUAGGGACAAAGGCAUGAGGUGGAGCUUACAUUUAUGGGAUGUUUGUGGAAGAGCACACAGGGCCACAAGGUGCUGAGAAAGGCAGAGGAGGACUGGUGGGAGGUGAGGUCCGAGAGGGGCAGAGAGCCGGGUGUGUGGGCCAUUAUACCAACUGUGGCUUUCUCUCCAAAUCUGAGACCUCAUAAUACAGUCUGAGUGCUCGUAAUAAUCCUUAGAGGUGUGGGGGCUAUUUUAACGACCAUUUUACUACUGUUACAGCAGGAGCACAGAGAGGUUGAAUUACCCAUCGGAAGUCACACAGCCGGUUGUGACUUUCCUGGAGCCUCAUCGCCCGUGUUACCUAUGACCCCCUGCACCAAACUAACUCCCUAAACUCAGCGUGGGAGUCUUGAUCUUCGACACCAGCUUCAUCCCCAAGUGUCUUGGAGCAGCUAUGCCUCCGCCACAGGGUGACGUGACCGCCUUGUUCCUGGGGCCUCCGGGCACGGGGAAGUCUGCGCUGAUUUCAGCGCUGUGCGACAAGGAUGUCGAGACGUUAGAGGCCCCCGAGGGACGGCCAGACUCCAGGGUCCCCAGCCUGAGAGCUGCUGGCCCAGGCCUCUUUCUGGGCGAGCUGAGCUGCCCACCCGCAGAACCAGGGCCCUGGGCGGCUGAGGCCAACGUGUUGGUACUGGUGCUACCUGGACCCGAAGGGAACGGGGAGCCCUUGGCCCCAGCGUUGGGAGAGGCAGCGCGGGCUGCCCUGGCUCGAGGGACCCCGCUCCUGGCUGUGCGGAACCUCCGUCCUGGGGAUUCACAAGAUGAAGCCCAGGCCCGGGAUCAGACAGCGGCUUUGCUGGAUAGAGCCGGGUUAGGAGCCGCGGCUCUCUUCGUGCUACGGGCUGACUGCGGCGGCAGUGAAGGCUGCGAGGAGCUGGAGCGCCUGCGGGCGGCGCUGCAGAGCCAGGCGAAGGCACUGCAGAGGCUCUUGCCACCAGCCCAGGAUGGCUUUGAGGUCCUGGGCGCUGCGGAGCUGGAAGCUGUACGAGAGGCCUUUGAGACUGGUGGCCUGGAGGCGGCGCUGUCAUGGGUGCGUGCAGGCUUGGAGCGCCUGGGCAGCGCGCGCCUGGAUCUGGCUGUGGCUGGCACUGCUGACAUGGGCCUUGUCCUGAAUGUGCUGCUCGGAUUGGAUCCUGGCGAAGCAGGUGCUGUACCUGCUUCAGUGCCCACGAAGCCCACUCCCUUCCCAGCCCCAGAGCGCCCCAAUGUGGUGCUCUGGACUGUGCCUCUGGGCCCUGCGGGCACUACCACUGUCGCCUCUCACCCGACGCACUACGACGCCCUCAUUCUCGUCACCCCUGGGGCCCCCACCGAGAAGGACCGGGCCCAGGUCCGCGCCUUGAUGCCACCAGAUGCGCCACUUGUCUGCGUGAGAACAGACGGUGAGGGCGCGGAUCCGGAGCCUCUGGAAGAAGAGGACGCGGUGGAGAAGGCCAGCAGCAAGAGCUCGGAGAGUGCACUCAGCGAGGAAAGGGAGAAGCGCGGCGCUGGAGGGCAGAAAGCAGGCGGUGGGGAAGGCUCUGAGAAAGCUGUCAGCGGGAGUGUGCAGCAGAUUGUCGUUGGCGCAAAGAAGUCAGGCAGUGGGGACUCAGAUCCGGCAGCAGCAUUGAUCCCGGAGGAUGAGUCGUGGGAGGUGCUAGAGGAGUCGCUGCCACCAGUGUUCCCUCUGCGUGCCAGCGGACUCCCGGGGCUGUGCGAAUGGCUGCAGCGAGCGCUCCCUCCAGCCCAGGCGGGGGCGCUGUUGCUGGCGCUGCCACCGGCGUCCAUCAGUGCUGCCCGAAAGAAGGCUGCGGCGCUCCGGGCAGGCGCGUGGAGGCCGGCUCUGCUGGCCAGCCUGGCGGCAGCGGCGGCACCAGUUCCAGGGCUGGGCUGGGCAUGCGACGUGGCCCUUCUGCGGGGUCAGCUGGCAGAGUGGCGGCGCGCCAUGGGGCUGGAACCCGGGGUGCUGGCACGACGUGAGCGUGCCCUAGGCCUGGCUCCCGGAGAGCUGGCAGCGCGUGCGCAUUUCCCAGGCCCAGUGACACGCGCGGAGGUGGAAGCCAGGCUGGGUGCCUGGGCUGGAGAGGGCACUGCAGGGGGCGCAGCCCUUGGCGCACUCUCCUUCCUGUGGCCUGCGGGUGGCGCAGCAGCGACAGGUGGCCUGGGCUACCGGGCCGCUCACGGUGUCCUCUUGCAGGCGCUCGAGGAAAUGCUAGCAGAUGCUGAGGCCGUGCUGGCACCCCCUGAGCCCACCCAGUGAGAGGUGGGAUGGGGGCCGGGCUUCCCAAGUCCCACUUAGAGAGGAGGGGGCUUGGGAGUCCACACUCUGGCAUGGGAUGUCAGGCCUCUGAGAUAAAGAGUGGGGACCGCUGCUCAGAAUCCUGGGUGCUCGAAGGGGACGUGGCUCUGACUUCUGGUUGGCAUGUGUGGCUUCUAAUCAGCUGGAUUCGUGGUUCCUGAAGGGGAAUAGAGUUUGGGGGACAGGACUCCUGACUUCCCUGGGAACCAGGGGACAUGACAUUCAGUCUCUUGUGUCCUGAAGGGAGUUGACCUGAACUCCAGAAGUGGGUAUGUCGUGGUCGCAUAGACAAUAGAAACAGGUUAUUGGAUGUUUAGUCCUCCAGCAGAGAGAGGGUAGAAGCCCUGUUUCCUAAUUGAGGGAUCCCUCACUAGGACCUGAACUCCAGUAUGGGGGAAAAGGCCUGCACACUGCCUCCCAGGUCCUCAAGGGCCAGUACCUUUUGAAUCUUUAUUGGGGGGGUCUCCAGGAUUUCAGACUCCUGGCUCCCAAGAGGGCUGUGGGCCUUGGUUCCUAGUUCUUGGGUGGUGGGAGGUCUGCAUCGAGGGGAGGCAUCAAGGAGCUUAUGGGGAGAUGCUGGCGACCUCUUGAUUUCUCUUGGGGGGUACAAGGGUGUCCACUGUUACCCAGAGCUCUGGUUGUGGGGAGGGUGGUCCCACAAAAAUGAGAGGGACUAAGAGGUCUGGGCCUGGUGGGCUCUAGAGUUGCCAGGGACCAGGACUGAGGCUUUCUGGGUGUGGAAGGGCAGGAAACCAUAGUUCAGAAAUGAUCUCCCACAAACCUUAUAUUUGGAUCCUGACAACUGCCUCUCUGAGUUUGGGAAAGGAUGUGACCGCCUACAUUUUAUCAGUGCUGGGUGAUUCAUGGGUCUCUGGGGAGUAGGUUCCUCUGCCCUCUUUCCUUUGAGCGUUUCUUUUAAUCUUGGUUUCUAAUGUCAUUAAACCUUAACCCAUUCUGGCCUUGGUGUUUUGCGCACCUGCCUUUUUGGAAAAGCAGCCGUACUGCUGCACUAGGCCAAACAUUUCUGUGUGGCUACCUCAGGUGUCCCCAAGAUGCUUUGCCUUCUAGUGUACACACAAUGGGUGCUGCAGUGAGCAAGGGUCCCACAGAAUGGCUGGGCAGCCAUUCCAGCCCAUAGGAAUGUGCCAGAAGUGAGGAAAAGGCAGAAACCACAGUGCCUGGAAUGUUGUAGGCUGCCAGCUCCAUGUAGGGAAAAACUUGCAGGUUAUGGAAUUCUGUAGUGCCAAAAACGGAAAAGGAGGACCUGAGAUUCCAUGGGAUAGAAUUUCUUUUGUAAUAGAUGGGGAAAACUAAAUCCAGACAGUGUAGGCUUGAGAUCUAACAGCACACAGCAAAGCCCUAUGGAUCUGGCACCUGUCUCUAUGUCUCAUUCCCUGCCCCUUCCCAUCCCCAACCAAUCUGAUGGGCCUUCCUUCUUCUGCUUGAGUGGGCCACCUUGAGUCCUGCCCCAGGACCUUUGCACUUGCUGUUCUCUUUCCUACAGUGCUCUACCCUCAAAACCUCCUGGGACAGGCUCCUUGUCAAUCAGACCUUAGCUCAAAUAUCCCCUCAGAAAGAUCUUCCCUGGCCACCCUAACUGAGGUAGCCCAUACAUCCCUAUCCCAUUGUUCAUCUGGCCAGUUGAUUUUCCUUGUAGCAAUUGUAGCAAAAAUGACCUUAUUUAUUUAUUUACAUAUUUAUUGGUUAUUGACCCCUUGCCUGUCUUCUCUGAUGUACUCCCAGCACCUAGAACAGUAGGUGCCUGGCACAUAAUAGGUGUUUAGUAAAUACCAUGUUUCCCUGAAAAUAAGAC